UUGAGAUAUGCUGAACAAGUAGGUGAAAAUUGCUUUCAAAGGUGGAUUUUCUUCUUUUUGCACCACCCUGUACAAUAGAAGACUUUAUAACUUUGAGAACUUUGUAAUUGUAAAAGGGAUUGUAAUGCCAUUUACUGUCUAUUCAAUUAUUAAUGUACGCAGUUGUAGACAUCUGCUUGACCUGAAACGAAAUAUAAAAACGUGAUAUAUUGUGAGCAAACAAAUGCAAUGUUCCUCAUUAAAUUAUUCGUAGAACAUGAAGAAAUUUAUGAAUCGUAAUACAUGAACACAAAAACAAACAUAGUUGAAUACAAAAAACAAAAUGGUUCCAGAAUGACAAAAAAAAAAAUGCCAUUAAACAUAACCAUUGUUGUGUUUCGUGUUUGCCUCGGUGUUUUGAACUUUGAUCGGUGUUUAUCAUGGUUAGUGUUGAUUCAAGAUAAUGGUAAGUUAAUAUAAAAAAAUCUCGGUUUGAAUAAUAGCGUUUACCAUAACAGCGCAUCCAGUAAAUUUCUGAUUUGUUUGUCCACUCAACUCCUCCCCAGUAAAAGCCGAUAGAGAUUUGAUACACACUGUAUACAGACUGCAUGCUAAACUUCCACAUCCCUGUUAUAUUACAAUUGUAGAAGGAAGCAACCACUAUCAUCAGCUAUCUUGGUUAUCAAGCUCAAGCUCGUUAAAUAUAACAUAUCCGCGAACAACAAGGCCGGAUUCUCCACCUAAUUAUGGUGUCAUGUGAUCACUAUACAUCACCGUGUUAACGUGGAUUACGAGUAUUAAAUAAAACAGCAACUACGUACAUGUAUACCACAACGACUCACCCUCUUUGAUCCAGACAGACAAGCAAAAUAAAUGCCCUCGAGUUUUGGGGGAGAAAUUUACACUUGAGGGAAUUGCACCAACCUAUUGCUUUCUGACUGAGUGACUGACUCGAAGUCACUAACUGUCUGACUGAGUCACUGAUUAUUCUAAACUGCCACGUAAAGACGUUCAGGUCGAGCUCGAUUCGGCAAGCCUAGUCCUGUUGCUUCUAGUUUUGUCCGGGCAUAGAAGCUCGCGAACUCAUGCCUCUUCCCGUGGACAGCAAAGUGGCCGGGAUAGCAGCGGCUUCAACCCUGGCAGGGCUCCCGGUCGCGACCGCGGCAUUCCUGCGCCUAAAGUACGGUCCAACCGUAUUCCAAGAUCUGGCCUACAUGCACCAGCGAUGGAUCCUACAGAGAGCGUUGCAAACCCUGCGACAAAAGAACACCAAACUGGUUGAUUUCUUCGAGGAACACGCGAAGCAGACACCUGAGAAGGCGUUCCUGCUCCACAGGGACGAGGUCCACACAUACGGGGCGCUGGAAGGGGAGGCCAACAAGCUCGCCCGAUUCGUCAAGUCCACAGGUCUCGUGAGAUGCUUGGACACCGUGGCUAUAUUCAUGUUCAACGAGCCCAGUUUCGUCCUGUCCUGGCUGGCUUUCAACAAGCUGGGGCUGAGGAUGGCUUUUUUGAACUACAAUCUCAAGGGCGAUUCGCUCCUUCAUUGCAUCAAGGCUUGUAAGGUGAAAGCAAUUGCAUGUGGUGUAGAUAAACGUUUGUUGAAUUCCAUGGAGGCCAUCAUGCCUGAACUUCAGGCCCUGGGUGUCAGAGUAUGGAUCAUAGGGAAAAGCCACCAACAGACGAUUCCUAAUGGAAUGGUCCGUGUGAAUACGUGGAAUGAGCGAGGUGAUCCCAUACCACGGAGUGAACGGGAUAGUAUGAGCGACGAGGAUGACGCGCUGUAUAUAUUCACCUCAGGAACGACUGGUCUUCCUAAACCAGCCAAGAUACCGCAUUACCGUCAGGUCAGGAGUUCCUUCAUUCACGCUUCGUUAGGACUGACGAAAAACGACGUCAUGUACACGUCACUUCCCCUCUACCAUAGCGCCGCCUACUCUGUUGGGUUUACGAACGUCAUACGAGUUGGAUGCACCAUCGCUCUUGACAACUUUUCAGUUCAUAGAUUCUGGGAUGAUGUCCGCAGAUAUCGCGCCACCGUUAUCCAGUACAUCGGAGAAAUCUGCCGCUACCUUAUUUCCCAGCCACCGCGCCCAGAUGACGGUAAGUACAAGCACAAACUCCGCUAUGCCAUAGGCAACGGUCUGCGGCCUGAUAUUUGGGAAGCGUUCCAGAGGCGAUUCAACAUCGGACAUAUCGCUGAAUUCUACGGAGCAACCGAAGGGCCAUACUUUAUCGUCAAUAUGGACGGCAGGCUCGGGAGCACUGGGCGAUACCAUGGUAUAUUCAGGGCGUUGACCGACUUCAUUGUUAUCGUCCAGUGCGAUUUGGAAACGGCUCAACCAUUUCGGGGGCCGGACGGCAAAUGCGUCCCCAUGCCUCCAGGUGAAACCGGUCUAAUGUUGAUCCGUUUAAAUGACACCACAAUGCGCUUCACCGGCUACCUUGGCAACCGAUCAUCGAAUGAGAAGAAACUCGUCCGAAAUGUCAAGAAUAACGGAGAUUUAUUUUUCAACACCGGAGAUCUGAUAGUCCACGACAAAGACGGUUACCUGUAUUUUAAGGACAGACUUGGAGACACAUUCAGAUGGAAAGGCGAAAAUGUUGCAACGACAGAAGUGGCGCAUAUAUUAAACCAAUACCCAGGAAUACAGGAAGCCAACGUGUAUGGUGUCAAGGUCCAAGGUCACGACGGUCGGGCAGGAAUGGCGGCAAUCGUCUUCAAGAGGACCCACCAACUUGACCCGAAGGCCUUCUACGAGCACGUGGUCAGGUCACUGCCGCUGUACGCAUGCCCAAAGUUUCUGCGAAUCAUGAGCGAGAUGCAGAUCACGGGGACAUUCAAGCACAAGAAGACUGACCUAGCCAGAGAGGGAUUUGACCCCAACGUCAUUUCAGACCCUCUGUUCUUUAUGGAUACGGACAUGAAGACUUACGCGCCCUUAGACAAUGCCGCCAUGAGGAAAAUUGUGAUAGGACAGGCUAGGCUGUAAUUCGUACCUAGAAUUGGACCAAGGGCUGUCUGCAGUGAUCUGCUACCGCAACGAAGCAGUGUUACACAUAAGUAGUGGGCCUAUUUAGUGAAGCUGCUAAAGCGAAAAGUCGUGCACUUUGUGGUAAACGCAUGAAAUUUGGCAUGUGGGGUCAAAAUGGCCUAGAAAUCAUUUAAAGAUCGGAACCUAUCCUGGAUUUUGCCCAUUUUGGGGGCGGAGCUUGAUUUUUUGAAAAGGCCGUUUGCACAAUAAAAACUCAUAAAAACUGUAUUUAACAUCAAUUUUCCUUGUUUUUCUAUGCUUUGAGAUAAACUUAAA